CUACAAGCCGCAGACUCAUGGGUUGAGAAGUGUUUGUUUCCGACAGUGGGGAUUGAGCAGAGUACAGCAGGGCAGGCGGCAAGCAGGAGCUAAACUACUGGGGAUCUGUGUUACCUGGGGCUGCAGCAGAAAGGAAGCGUUUCAGAAGUUUGUAACGUAAUAAUAUUAUUUAUAAAAUAUGAGAUAGAAAUAUUAUUCAAUCAUGAAUCUGAGGGGCCUGUUCCAGGACUUCAACCCAAGUAAAUUCCUCAUCUAUGCCUCCUUGCUCCUGUUCUCAGUCCUUCUCUCACUGCGCUUGGAUGGCAUUAUCCAUUGGAGUUACUGGGCAGUCUUUGCCCCCAUCUGGUUGUGGAAGCUGAUGGUGGUUGUUGGUGCCUCGGUAGGGACUGGCGUUUGGGCUCGCAACCCUCAGUACAGGGCUGAAGGUGAAACGUGUGUAGAGUUCAAGGCCAUGCUGAUUGCUGUAGGGAUUCACCUGCUGCUUCUCAUGUUUGAAGUCCUGGUGUGUGACAGGAUUGAGCGAGGAAACCAUUUUUGGCUCCUGGUCUUCAUGCCCCUGUUCUUCGUGUCGCCAGUGUCUGUGGCUGCCUGCGUCUGGGGGUUCAGACACGACCGAUCCCUGGAGCUGGAAAUUCUGUGCUCUGUAAAUAUCCUUCAGUUCAUAUUUAUUGCCCUGCGACUGGAUAAGAUCAUCAACUGGCCAUGGCUGGUUGUUUGCGUCCCUCUCUGGAUUCUGAUGUCAUUCCUUUGCCUGGUUGUUCUGUAUUACAUUGUUUGGUCUGUACUGUUCCUGCGCUCGAUGGAUGUGAUCGCCGAGCAGAGAAGAACUCAUAUAACCAUGGCAAUAAGCUGGAUGACCAUUGUUGUGCCGUUGCUAACAUUCGAGAUUCUGUUGGUUCAUAAGUUGGAUGACCACAACAAGUUCCCUUAUGUCCCAGUUUUCAUUCCUUUGUGGCUGUCUCUCAUCACUCUGAUGGCAACAACGUUUGGUCAGAAGGGGGGAAAUCACUGGUGGUUCGGUAUCCGUAAGGACUUCUGCCAGUUCCUGCUGGAAAUCUUCCCUUUCCUCCGCGAGUAUGGAAACAUCUCCUACGACCUUCAUCACGAAGACACUGAGGAGUCAGAGGACACUCCUACACCAGAGGCCCCCAAAAUCGCACCCAUGUUCCGCAAAAAGACUGGAGUUGUCAUCACCCAGAGUCCAGGCAAAUACUUUGUACCACCUGCCAAGCUUUGCAUCGACAUGCCUGACUAACGGCUGCUUCAGUCAGGUGAUUGGAGAAAUGAAGUGAGAGCUACCUGCCCUUGGGACUGUAAUCAGAGGUUUUCUUUGUUUUUGGAAUUGCUCUUCACUAGAACUUAUGAGCCGUUGACUAAACAAAGACAUUUUGUUUCCUUCAAAAGAGGGAUUGUGGGGUGUGUUUUUUUUUUUUUUUUUUUCUGUCAGGUACCAAAAACAAUACCUUUUUCUUUACUUGCCUUUGUAUGACAAGUAAAGGGUAUUAGCUUUGUGGUCCAGGAUUAAAACCUGAUUGGAACCAGUAGUAUUGUGGUAAGACUUAAUGAAAGAUUGUCAGUAGGUGGGUUUUGAAGCAGUGUGAUGUACGAUUCAAAUGUCAUUCCUUUAGUUUCUACCUGUAACUGUUUAAAACCAGACAUAUUUUCAAUUUUUCCUGUGGUCUUUACUAAAACUACUGAACUUUUAGUAUCUUGAAAAUCCAGUGCAGUUUUGCACGUGUGUAAAUGUCCUCCUGAUGAUGGGGCCUUUGUUUUAAAAAAAAUUAAUUCUUAAAUUCUCUGCAAUCCAAUUGCUGAGAAAGUUACCUGUUUGUUGGAAGAACAAAGUUUGCAGAAAAUCCUAAUUUGUUAAACAAAAUGGACUAAGAGGAGUUGAGUUACUGAUAGAAUACAUGUUAAACCUUUAUUAAAGUGAAAUCAGAGGAGUGGAGUUUCUGGUAGAAUACAUUUUAAACCUUUGAGACAUUCUAGCCUGUGGUCUUUGGAAGAUCCCAACCUAUAAAUGAAUAACUACAAAAUAAGAGCCCAUUUUUUUUUUAAAUUGCCUGUAACUCUUAAUAUAGAUUGAGUAAUUUUCCCACAGUGGAACAUAUACUGUAAGCCCAAAUUAUUAAACAUCAUACCAUUUUGGAAACUGACCAACUUUAGUUGAAAGAAACUGAAUUCAAAGGUUUUGGACAGCAACUUCUGUCUUGCUUUUGUGAUAAAUCUAGAGUUUCUGUCAGGCACUUUAAAUUUGAACAAUAAAUGCAUUACAUGAAUCCCUGUACAGUUUCAUAACACACUGAACCCACAAAAAUGAUUAAAAUGAAUAGACUAGGGAUGCACCAUACAUAAUCAAUCUGAAGUGAAACUUGUUAGUCUUUCAUUGCUAUUACAAUACAGUGCAUAGUAGAACCAGUGUACAUAUAAUUUGGUUUGGUGAAGCUGGGUCUCAACAUCUGGAUUGUGUAGAAGUAUUGAAAUUGGAAGGAGACCAAUCUGCAUGAUUAUAAAGUAAGACAGAAGGUAGGUCUCAGCAGAGGCUUUGUUUUACUAACUUCUGUCUGAAGCAUGCAUAUCUUGUUUUACUAAUUUCAAAUGGUGUACUGAAUCUCAAAUUUAAAAACAUGAAGUCUAGGGAGACUAGUCCAUGGUGUGUGUUUCUCUGCUGCUGUAAAAUGGUCUUGGGUCUCUUGGCAUAACAAUAUAACACUUAGUGAGUGCUUUGAAUUGACUUGUUGCUGUGAUAUUUAAGAUCUUUGUAGACCAGUAGUUUUAUUUUUGAUAGGCAAGUUGCUUUUGAACAGGUCAUACAAUUGAAAAUAAUCUGGUGGUGAGAUUAGAAGCAGAGUGUAUAUACAAAGUUUUAUUUUGAUACCCUGUUCAUUUUUUUAAAAUAGGAAACGCUUCAUUAUGCAUUUUAUCUUUUAUUUAAGUUAUUUAUACAAUGUUUUUAUUUGAGUUUUUUUUUUCUGGUUUUAAUCAACUCAAACAGCUGUACAAACUUCUGCUUAUGCAUAUAAGCUUGUGAAUAAGAACCUGCACAGAAUCAAUUCCUAUAACACAUAAAGGCUAAAAACACAAUACCUGGGCACCACCUACCCUGUUAAAUAUGUGAUUAUGUAUUUAAGAAUGUCAAUGUUUUUCUUAACAGAGAUUAGAGUAUUGGUAGAAUUUUGCAAUCCUGAAUUCAACAGUUGAGUGUGUGUGUCUUUAAAGGGGCCAGCGCUAAAAUGUAACUGCCAGCAGGUACUACUAGUGUGAUGCUUUGGUGGAACAGCAAUGAUAAUUGAUAUUAAACCUUUAGAAUUGGAAGCAUUUAUAUUGUAAAUCAAUUAUAUACUAUGUAAAAGUAGUGUUAACAAAAAACUGUUAGCAGGAUGGCAGUGCAGGAAAAAAUACUUAAUCAAAUUUGUGAUAAGAAUAUGAACAUUUGGUCAUUAUUUGCUCUAAUUGUGUGGGUAAUAUAUCCAGAUAGAGAGAGAGAUUUGUUUCUGUGUAGCUCAGAAUAUGCUAUGCAUUUUUUUUAAAAAAAAAAAAAGCUUUGUGUUUGAUGUACAGAAAGAGCUCUCUCAGCAGGUCUGAGAGGAUUGCAAUGAGCGAGUACCACUGCUGAUGUUUAGUGGACCAAUUUAUUUUGUGAUUUUCUUUUUUUUUUUUUCCAUUUUGGAAAUUAGUUUAUGUACUAUCUGUUGGUAUAUAUCUGUGUUCUAAAAAAUAAAAUGUGUGUAAUAUUGAUGGUUAAA